GUUAGAAACUAUUCUUUGCUCUCACACGGUUUUCAUCCACUUAGCAUAUUGGAACCGCCAUUACCGUCGGCGUCGGCCACACUCCUCACUCCCGGUAUCAGCUUCCGUCUUCGAUCGCCGGAACUCGGCAACCAGCAAAGCGUCUACCUAAACGUUCCUUUGAAUUCAUAUCAAUCAUGCCUACCGCUGGUCCUCGAUCUGGUGAUGCAAUCUUCGCUAGCGUUGAGCGAGUGAAUGCGGAGCUGUUUACCUUGACUUAUGGAGCAACCGUCCGUCAAUUGCUUACAGAUCUGGAGGAGGUUGAGGAGGUUAACAAACAGCUCGAUCAGAUGGGUUACAAUAUUGGAAUCAGGCUGAUUGAUGAGUUUCUAGCAAAAUCUAAUAUCUCUAGAUGUGUGGACUUCAAAGAGACAGCUGACGUGAUUGCAAAGAUCGGUUUAAAAAUGUUUUUGGGAGUGAAUGCAACGGUAACCAACUGGGAUGCUGAAGGCACAUGCUGCAGCAUUGUUCUUGAGGACAAUCCAUUAGUGGACUUUGUUGAGCUUCCUGAUACUUGCCAGGGUCUACAUUACUGCAACAUCUUAAGUGGAGUCAUUAGAGGAGCCCUUGAGAUGGUGUCAAUGAAAAUCGAAGUAACAUGGCUACGUGACAUGCUGAGAGGAGAUGACAGCUUCGAAUUACAAGUAAAAUUGUUGAAGCAAAUCCCCGAAGAGUACCCUUACAAAGACGAUGAAUGAAACAUCUCCCUAUCUCUUGUGCGAACCAUUUAGAUGCGUUUGCGCUGGUGCAAACACGCGACUUGUGUAAGAAAAAAAAAUGUUCUUAUUUAUUUUUUUUUUUUCACGGCGAAAUUUGGUUCUUUCUAAACUAGUUUGGAAGCAAUCGUCUUACCAAGCUGUCUUACUAAGCUGGAGAACGGUAGGAGUAGAGGGAAGUUCAUUUCUUUACUAGUUAAUUCAAUAUUGUUUAUUGUUCCUUUUCAUAUAGAUAUUAAUGUUGUUAUCUUGAC